AUGACAACAAAUCUUAUGGAGUCCAUCAACGGGGUAUUCAAAGGAAUUAGAAACCUUCCAAUCACCGCUUUGGUGAGAUCAACAUAUUAUAGGUUGGCAUCACUUUUCGCAACAAGAGGUGAAAGAUGGAGUGCAGUGUUAACGUCGGGUCAAGUAUUUAGUGAAAGCAUAAUGAAAUUGAUGAAGGAGGAUACUAUCAGAGCCAUCACACAUGCAGUUACAGUGUUCGACCGUCAUAGACAAACAUUCUGUGUACAAAAAACAAUGGACCAUAAUGAGGGGAAGCCCGAUUUAUCCUAUGUUGUCAGACUAAACAGAUGUUGGUGUGACUGUGUCAAGUACCAGGCCUUCCGUGUACCUUGCUCACAUGUCAUUGCAGCAUGCGCACAUGCUCGUCAGGAUGCUUAUGGCUAUCUAUCUGAUGUUUAUAAGGCGAUUAAUAUUAUGAGCGUAUACAACGAAGGCUUCACAGUGCUACCAAUGGAGGAUUAUUGGCCUCCAUACCAAGGUGAUAUAGUUUGGCACAACGAUGACAUGAGAAGAAAUAAAAAGAGACACCCAAACAGCAAGCGUAUAAGAACCGAAAUGGGUACGACUGAUAAAAUGAUAAGAUUGUGCAGUAUAUGUCGUCAACCCGAAUACAACCAAAAAAAUUAUUCCAAUGUCGGAGGCACAUCUGCUUCAUGA